AAGUAGCUUUAUUACAAUAUUUUUUACAGGUGUGAGCUUUUACUAAAAUAUGAAAUACUUUUAAAAUCGAAUAGUCGUUAAAAUGAUUGUAAACUAGUGGGUAAUUGUUUAUCAAAGUAAAGAAAACUUUAGAGUACGUACUUUUUAAAAUUCAGAAUGAUGUUUUUUCCGUUUUCAUGGGAAGUCAAGGAUGUCGUGUUCUUUUGUGGUUGCUUAGAUGCAAUAUCACAAAAGAAUAGAAAGUUAAGUGUUUUACGUAAAUCCUGGUUAAAAUAGUCAUAAUGUUGUGAUUUGCUAAUAAAUAAUGCUUCCGAGGAACCUAAUAUCACACUUGUUGAAACAGAAGGGGACACUUAAACGCCAAAGUGCAAUAUUAGUAUUUCCUAGUAGAAGGCGGUUGCUGAAUUCGUCCAGAACAUUUAGUUGCGAUCAAUUGAAUCUUCAAAGGGAAGAUUUGAAAUUUUCACGCUCUGAUUUACAUUUCAUGGUCACGUUUGGCUUGAGUUACUUUUGGUUUCGAGCGACCGAAACUCAACCGAUUUCGCGUAUUGCUGCUGUGUUGUGAGCUGUGGGAAAAAAAACUUUGCCGGGAAUGGAUUCAAAAAUUUUACUCGGUGUUGAAUUUCUAAUGCUGGUCUGUCUGCUUUCGAUGGAAUCUGGUACAUGUUCUACCGAUGGGUUUCAAAUCUUCAGAGAAACAAUAGACUCUUUCAGAAUCCCGCCAUCAAAAUGUAACCCGACAAAUCAAACCUUCGAUUACUGUCUCGAGUACAACGCAAAGAAAAGCAAAGGAAACAUGAAAACGCCAUGUGAUUGCUCUUGUGACACAGCAAGCGCUACGUUUGAAUUUCGAAACUAUGCUUGGUCUUGUCAGAAAAAUAAUGAAACAAGAGCUUCUUUUGGCUGCGGUAUGCUAUUUGACAAAGAAGACAAUGCAACCGAACUGAAUUUGCUGAGAAAUGAGCGCAAGAAAAAACUGAUGUGGAAGGCAGGCCCCUGCACCAUCAACUUCCAAGAUUCUUCGUACAUCAACUGUCAUGGAAAAAAGGUCUCUAUGGCAACUAGGUCAGCAAACUCCAUGUUUCAGAUUGAAGGAGAGUCAGAUUAUCCAAAUCUGAACGAACUAGAGGUGGAAUACCCUUCGAGAAGCGUUGUGGAAGGUAAAAUUGUGACACUUGAAUUAGAAUGUAAAGAUUCUGAUGGCUCAACCACGAAAAGUUGCCUGCUGUUCAAAUUAGAAGGAGGCACAUCAUGUCCAGUGGUCCCGACGACUCCCUUUCCUACAGUAGUCGACACAGCAAUAAACACAGAGGUAGUUCCAUCAAUUGCUACAUCUCAGACUCAGAUUUUCUUACCUCCAAACUCUUCCGCUGAUAAACAGACCGGAGGCCUGGACAAUCUAUCUGUUUUUCUUAUUGUCGGACUGACCCUCUCACUAAGUGCCCUUUUUGUCAUCGUGGGAGUUUUCGUUUAUCGACGAAACUGUGCACGAGAUAACCCUUAUUGGGACGCUGAAGAGCAUAGCUCCCACUCGAACCCAGACUCCGAGCGAAGUGAAAAGGAUCCAGGUUACGCUUCAUUGAGCCAUUGUACAACCACUACCUACGCCUCGACCUAUCAUAUACCCAGCACCUUGGGGGGAAUAAGUACCCUUGGGGGAGAAGACCCGAUUUAUAGUACCGUGGAUGAGUACCAAGACCCAGCCAUGACACAGAGCCCCAGAAACGAGAGACCUUUAAGUAUGGAACAACGUGUGUAUAAUCUAGUUGAGGCCUUAGAUACAAGCGCACCAGUCGGGACGUAUGAAUAUUGUUCCAAUGAAGUAAGUCAAGCACAGCCUCCAGUUAGCGUUGAUACAAGCACGCCAAUCGGGACGUAUGAACAUUGUUCCAAUGAAAUAAGUCAAGCACAAUCUCCGGUUAGCGUGGAACAGCGUGUGUACAACAUUAUUGAAGGCAUUGAUUUAAAGACCGCGGAAGACCUUAACGGAGAUGGUGCUAAGGAAGGAAACCAAGAGAACCAGGCACCCCCAAGUGUGGAGCAACGUGUGUACAACCUCAUUGAGCCCAUGGAUAACACAAACGCAUCAGACGGCCCCAAUAAAGAAGAAAUCAAAGUGCAGGCUCCCAUAAGCGUCGGACAACGACUUUAUAACAUCAUAGAGCCCCUGGAUACAGUGACCUGCCAACAAGACGACAGUUGUGAUCCUAAAAGCAAGGAAAUUGGUAAGCAUCCAUUGUACAACAUUUUGGGGGAACCUUUACCGAGUGACAUUGAACAUGGAGACAAAAAGGAGUCUAGCAGAUUAAAGGACCCUAUUUAUAAUGUCCUCGAGGAACCAAAACUGGAAGAAACAAAGGAACCAAGAAAUGCUUCGCUGGACUCUUCUUGGGAGUAUGAGGAACCGAUAGAACUGUAGAAAGACUGAAAAGAUGCUGUCUGGGAAAAGGAAGAGCUCUUGCUCAUCUGAGUACGUAAGCUGGCCUGCCCCUUCAAAGCAAAAGUAAAGAAAGAAAUAGUAAACUUUUCCAUUCACAGAGGGACACAAACUCUGAUAAUGGCUUACACUUGUCGUUGGUGUUCAGUUGCUUAUUUCUCAAAUAUUCCCCUGUUUGUUGGGACAAUCGAAAUAAAGCUGGAUAGAACUUCUAACGUAAGUUGAAUAAAUGAAAAAUAUUUUAAGAAUAAAAAAAAAAAUUGUGGAUAGUAAGCAAGCUUUGCUUGAAUAUGAAAAUGUUUUGUGAAUCACCGUUUAUACAUGGUAAACGUUAGUCAUGGAUAUGAUAUUUAAGUGUAAAUAAUUUGGAUACAAAGACAGAAGGUUACGUAGAAUAAAAAAAUCUGUUUGUAA